GGCACCUUCUUCUCUCUUUCUCUCUUUUUUUGGGGUGUGUGUGUGUGUGAAAGCAAGCCGAAUUCCAUUUCCACCCAGUGACAUCUGAAAGCAAAUCUAAAAAGGCAAAACCGUUAGCGAAAGUUGGAGAAGAGAAGCUUGCAUCUGCAAUCAUCCCCAGUUUAUUCACCUUUUUCCCCCGUAUUCAUUAUUCCUCUUCCUUUUUUCCCCCUUUUCUUUCUGGAAUGGAUUUAUCUGACACAGAAGAACUCCACGUUUUGAAACCUUAAUUCUUAGACCUCAGGGAAGAGUUGGAUUUCGUUUCCUUUUUUUUACUCCCUUCCCACAAACCAAUCGACAGAAUGGUCUUGUUGUACGGAUGAUUAGAAGACACCCUUUUGAAAAAGAAAAAAGACAAGACCAGAUGAUGAUGGAAAACUGGAAGUUUUAUUAUUAAUGAUAUUAUGAAUACUGUGACCUGAGAUUUCAUCCCAGCGUCGUAUUUUUCUGGUUUGCAACAGGAUCAUGGCAAAUUGGCUGGUGAAGCUUUGCUAUCUCUUUUUGUGGAUUUUAUUUCAGGUUUACAGGACUCGUACUUGGCUACAAAAAAAUCCUGGUUUCCGUGUUCUCGCUCAAGCAUCGCAUUAUUGGCCUCUGGAGACUGUCGAAGGAAUUCGCGAAUUAAAGGACACAGAUGGAGUGCUAAGAUCCCACAGCUUCACUGUGCUUCAUUACCAUAAUUCUACUUUUGUUUAUACCAAUGAUUCUGCCUACUCUAACUUCUCUGCGACCGUAGAUAUCGUAGAAGGGAUCGUAAACAAAGGUGUCUAUAUCCCAAACAUCAAGGGAGCAACCUUUCUCCUUUUUGGAAAUUAUCAAAAUUCUUGCGUUAUUAACCAAGAAUUCUGCGAGCCUGAAGGCGUGACUUUUUCCUUUUUCUGGAAGACUCAAGGGUAUCAGCUGAAGCCUGCCCCGGCAUAUGGGGAUCAGGUGCUUUCUAAUCGAUUUAAAGUCUUCUUCGGUGAACACAAAGGCUCCGUGGAACUCUUCAAUCAUCACACGUCCAAGAAGUGGGCAGCAAGCUUCAUUUCACCAGGUCCCCAUUGGACUCACGUCCUGUUUACCUGGAAAUCCAAAGAGGGCCUGAAAGUCUACAUCAACGGGACUUUGAACAACGCUGAUCCCCGUGGGGAAGAUUUCUACAACUAUGGGGACUCCAAUUCCAACUUGCUGAUGAGCUCUGAAGGCCGUCAAAGGAAGCGCCAUCUCCAUGGCUCCUUUGAUGAAUUCAUCAUCUGGGAAAGAGUGCUCACCGCCAACGAGAUCAAACAGUAUUUCACAGCUGCUAUCGGUGACCAGUCUCUGCUUUCUUCAACAUCUCCCUGGGGAUGGCAAACAACAGCCACACUUCCCAUGCUUUCCAUAAAUGCCUACCAAUCCAUCAUCAUUAAUCUCACAGAGGAAAAACGUAGUGUCCAGGACCCAUAUGUCAUGUUGGACUACCUGAAAAACAUUUCAAACGCCUUGCCUAAUGAAUCUCUCACGGCAAAUACUGCCUACCAUCUUACUGAGGUUUUUUUUAAAGUGGUGGAAGGAGUUCUUAAGAUACCUGUUUGGAUCAGCAUGAACCACACAGCGUCCCUUGCCGGAGGUCUGGUGUCCACCAUUGACAGUGUGACGUUGCACGUUGCACACAAUCUGGGAGGAAGUCCUUCAACCAUAACAAUCCAAGGCACUUCACCUGUGGCAGAUUAUUCCCUGGUUAAAAUGCCUCCGCAGCUCCCGGAUGUGCCUCAAUAUCGCUUCCCAUUACAAGGACAAAGUUACAUUACUCUACCCGGAGAAGCUUUCCAAUAUUCAGCCUGGAUUACAAUCGUGGGUCUGUUCUACCAUUCCAUACAUCAGUACUUCCAUAGCAUCAAACCGUUGGACACCAAAAUUCCUGAAGCUGCUGCCUGCAAGGAGUGCAUGAUUUUUGCCACCAGCUACCUUAUCUCCUUGAGAAUGGAGCCGCCACCAACUUUGUCUCACAAUCUGUCAAGCUCUCCCCUCAUCACCAUCCAUAUGAAGCAUCAACUGACGCCCCUUCAGUACAGUCAAGCCACAAACCAAAGUAAUCAAGUGAGACUGUAUUGUGCCUUUCUGGAUUACAGCAACGGAAGCGGAGUUUGGUCCAACCAAGGCUGUGUGCGUGAUGGGGGCGACCUCAAUUAUUCCACUUGUCUGUGCAACCAUCUCACCAACUUUGCUAUUUUGAUGCAAGUGGUGCCACUAACGCUAACUAACGGACACAAGGUGGCAUUGUCUUCUAUCAGUUACGCUGGAUGUUCCAUUUCCAUUUUCUGCUUGACUAUCACGCUGGUCACGUUUGCAAUUCUAUCCUCCGUCAGUACCAUCCGCAAUCAGCGUUAUCACAUCCAUGCCAACCUUUCCUUUGCUGUCUUGGUGGCUCAGAUCUUGCUCCUUAUCAGCUUCCAGUUUGACCCUGGGACGGUGCCUUGCAAAACCCUGGCCAUUCUCCUUCACUUCUUCUUCUUGAGCACCUUUGCUUGGAUGCUGGUGGAAGGGAUCCACCUCUACAGUAUGGUGAUCAAAGUCUUUGGAUCGGAACAGAACAAGCUCUUAUACUACUAUGGCAUUGGAUGGGGCUGCCCGUUCUUCAUCUGUGUCAUUUCUGCAACAACAUCUGUGGAAAGCUAUGGAGAAGUCAACAACUGUUGGCUUUCAUUGGAGAGCGGCGCCAUCUGGGCUUUUGUGGCCCCAGCUCUGUUCAUCAUUGUGGUUAAUAUUUGCAUCCUUAUUGCCGUGACCAGAGUAAUUUCAAGAAUAAGUGCUGAAAAUUACAAGGUCCGUGGAGAGGCUAAUGCGUUCAAAUUGACAGCUAAAGCGGUUGCUGUUCUCCUACCUAUCUUGGGAAGUUCGUGGAUCUUUGGAGUCCUGGCAGUGAAUGACCGAGCGUUGGUGUUCCAGUACAUGUUUGCAAUAUUUAACUCAUUGCAGGGUUUUUUCAUCUUUCUGUUCCAUUGCCUCCUGAACUCAGAGGUUAGAGCCGCCUUUAAGCACAAAACGAAGGUGUGGUCUCUCACCAGCAGCUCCAUCCGCAACAUCAACGUGAAAGCUUUCAAUUCUGAUAUUAUAACGGUAACCAAGCCUGCAACGACGCCAACCAAACUCAACACUAACAACAAAAGCAUUCAUUCUGGAGACAAGAUAGACCUUUCUGCUGUCUGACAUCUACCCCUGUCAGCCCUUCCUUCUGAUACCCAGGCAAACCACAUCCUCGGGAUCUUCCAUUCAUUGCCUGACUACCUAUUACUCUUUGAGAAUUUGUUCCUGCAGGAAGCACUUCUUUACUUCCUUCCUGCUAAAUUGAGGAGGGGCAGAAUUGCCCAUUGGACUGAAUCCAUACUUCCAGUUUUCCUGGGCCUCCUUUGGACUGGGAGGAUUGGCUAUGGACAUUUUACACUGGAUGGUCAUCUAAGCACUGGCAGGGAUGAAGCUGAGGAAGAUUUGUGAGGCAGCCCCAAAGGUGCCUUUUUUUUUUCAAGAGGCAAUUGGAUUUUCCUUUGAAGGCAUUUUGCUUCUCAUCCAAGAAGCUUCUUCAGCUCUGACUGGAUGGUGCACUCAGAUGAUGGUGGCUCACCCCAAAGAUAAAACACCCAGACGCAACUGAGCAACAGGGUAUAUGCAGUAUAACGCAGAGACCCAUGAGCAGAUAUGUAUAUUGGGGAAACAAAACCACCACUUCAUAAACACAUGGCACAACAUAGGAGAACAAACC